AUGGAAGAGGGCCCUAGUGGAAGGCAAGGAGCAUGGCAAGACAGCGUCUUUCAGAUGGAGCUUGAAGCCAACGAGGAGCUGGUGCAAUCUUUCCGACAACGGAUGGAGGAGGCUGAGAAGUCCAAGGCCGAGCUGGAGGCCGAGCUGGAGAAGGCCAAGCGUGAGAGUGAAGAGACGUUUCAGUCCAUGCAGAAUCGGUUAGAUCAGCAAGAGCAUGAAAACUUUGUGCUCCGAGAGAACGCGCUGAGGCUGCACAGAGAGCUUGACGCCAUCCGGUCGACUUUCAUGGAGAAGCAGAAGGAGGGGGAUGACGAGGUGAAUAGACUUCGAAAUGAGCUGCGAUUAGCCAGGAGGCACGAAGAGUAUCUUUCUAAGGAGCUCGAGAGACAGAAGCGAAAUGCUGAAUCCACCCAAGAAGAAAUGACCAAGUAUUAUCAGGAUCAAAUCGAGAAGUUGAAAUUAGAGAACAUUAUGAUGAGCGAGAGCAUCGACACGAUGGUGACUGGACGAUCCAUCAAAUCGAUCUUUCAAGAGAAGUUGAACGAACCAGGUUCGGAUUGA